CAAGAAGGAACACUUUCUUUCGGAAAAGGCGGCUUAUAGCAAGACGUAAUAGAGAAGAAGCUCAUGGGAGACUUAUGGCAAUCGCAGAAAGCGGCAGAGACUACUCCAGCACGACUCAACGCUACUCGAAGUUAGGUCGCCGCCGCAGACCAUGUGUUUGGAUGCUCGACCGAGCUACCGAGUGGUGGGGUGUGAUUGUUCCAUCUUUCACACACACUCAGUGGGUGGAAAACUUCAGGAUGUCAGAGGAAACCUACGUCUACCUGUGCAACAAACUGCGGCUAGCGAUGGAGAGACAGGACACAGCAUUCCGCAAGUGUAUACCUCUAAAGAAGAGGGUGGCCAUCGCACUGUGGAAGCUUGCGACCGGCUCAGAGUACAGAAGCAUUGGACAUAUUUUCGGAGUGAGCAACACAACUGUGUGCCGGUGUGUGCAAGACUUCUGUGCUGCUGCAGAGACGUUGUUAGUACCGGAACUAAUUCGUUCACCAGACCGGGAGAAGUUUGCAGAAAUGGCCGACUACACUGAGAACAGGUGGGGGCUCCCACAGUGUGUAGGUGCUAUUGAUGGAUCACACAUACCCAUCUUGGCACCACAGGAAUACCACUGCGACUAUUUCAACCGUAAAGGCUGGCACUCCAUCAUCCUUCAAGGAGUUGUAGAUGGAAAGGGACAUUUCUGGAAUGUGUUUGCAGGAAUGCCUGGGAGCUUGCAUGACGCUCGCGUUUUGAGACUGUCCACAUUGUGGGAGUUGGCCAGUCGUGGCAACUACUUUCCACCUUGCACCAGGAACAUUGGUGGGGUGAAUGCUGGCUAUUACAUCCUGGGAGACAAUGCCUAUCCCUUGCAAAACUGGCUCAUGAAAACGUUCCCUGACAAUAGACAGCUGACAGCAGAACAUGUGAUCUACAACAAGAACAUUUGCAGAGCACGGGUAGUGGUCGAAAACGCUUUUGGUAGACUGAAGGGAAGGUGGCGUUGCCUCAUGAAAAGAAAUGACUGUGAUGUGAAACUUGUGAAAUCUAUGGUGCUGACUAGGGAUGCCAGAAACUGACCAUGAUCAA